CUAUAGGAACGAUCGACUCAACAACGUUCGUUUUUGGAGUCUUGCUAUUGGCAAUUCUGGUGACAAAUUUAAUCGACCGAUUAGAUUAACUCGCGUUGAUGAAACUGGGCCUUAAGAGAGACGGGGACGGUCGAGACGGUCCUGUGGUUUGCACGGUGCGGUAGUUGGAUGAUAAGGUUAUUUUGGUUUUGAUUGGCUUUGACAGCCUUUGAUCAUGUCAAGUCCAACGUGAUAAAAACAGUCGUAAUCUUUCUUUCUUAUUAAUAACUCUUGCGCUUGAAGAAAAAUACAUAUCUGUGUAUGGGUCGCGUUUUACUCGAAGGACGUAAUUUAGUUUUCCCAUUAUUUUAUUAUUUUCUCGCUUUCUGCCCAUCUGUUUGCUUAGCGUACUCCAAUCCACUCAUUAUUUGACAAUAUGAUGCCAAAUAUGGAUGUUUAUGACAGCCUGUAUUUGUAUGCCACUCCAGAGAAAUUCUUUGUGGAGCCAGUUGGAAUCAAGGUCUUACUUGUGAUUGAUAGAGUGAGUCAGCAGAUCUAUACUCAAGUUGGCACUGCUCAUCAGAUUCCAACAACUGCCAACCGUAGAAAAAUAUGGGGAUUAGUGGGGACAAUACGUCUUUUGGCAUGCCGUUAUCUCAUUGUUAUAACAGAUGCUCAAAUGUGUGGGACUAUAGCUGGACAUAACAUUUAUAGGAUAUCCUCUACGGACGUGAUACCCUAUACUAAAUCCUCUUUGCAUUUAACUGAGAAACAGGUCCAACAUAACACUGUGUAUUUGGAGAUGGUAAAGUCUAUAUUGAAUACACCGUACUUCUACUUCAGCUAUACCUAUGACCUUAGUCACACGAUGCAAAGGCUGCAUAAUACCACACCUGAAUUCUUGCAAAUGCCACUUCAUGAUAGGGCGGAUCCCCGGUUUGUGUGGAAUGCUUACCUCCUGCAGGAUCUCAGUGCAAGACCAGAACAAUAUAAAUUCUGUUUACCCAUUAUUCAUGGUUUUGUCUCGCUAAAUACCAUGGUUGUAAAUGGUGUUGCAUUCAAUUGGGGUAUUGUCUCUAGACGCGGUAUACAUCGUGCUGGCACGAGAUUAUUUUCGCGUGGUAUAGACGCCACUGGGAACGUGUCCAAUUAUGUGGAGACUGAGCAGCUGAUCGAGGUGAAUGGCGAUCGCAGUUCCUUUGUGCAGACUCGCGGAUCUAUUCCUCUCUUUUGGUGUCAGGCGCCAAACUUGAAGUACAAGCCUAAACCACAGAUCAGUCCCUACGAGGAUCAUCAAAGCGCUUGUGCUCGUCACUUUGAUGUUCAAAUCUUUCAUUAUGGAAGGCAAAUCCGAGUAAAUUUGAUUGAUCAACAUGGACCAGAAGCAUUGCUUGAAGAUGCAUAUCGCAAUUUAGUCCAAAGAAUUAACAACCAAAAUGUUCGAUAUGAGGCUUUUGACUUUCACGCGGAAUGCAGAAGACUAAAGUGGGAUAAAUUGAACACUUUAAUGGACCGACUAGCUCACGAUCAGGAACAGAUGGGAUAUUUCUUGUUGAUGAGGGACGGAGCAUUGCUCUCAGCUCAGGACGGCGUUUUCCGAACAAAUUGUAUCGACUGUUUAGACCGAACGAAUGUUGUACAAAGUAUGCUGGCGAAACGAGUUCUCAAUGAAGUAUUGAACAGGCUAGAGAUACUUAGAAAAGUGGAAGAUCAUCCUGCGUUUGAAAACCUUUUCAAACAGGUUUGGGCUGAUAAUGCGGAUGUGAUAAGCAUUCAGUACUCGGGUACAGGGGCAUUGAAGACUGAUUUUACGCGAACUGGAAAGCGCACUAAAUUGGGCGCGAUGAAAGACGGCUUAAAUUCUUUGACGAGAUAUUAUAAGAAUAACUUCGCUGAUGGAUACAGACAGGACUCACUGGAGCUGUUUUUAGGCCGUUACAUCGUCCAGGAUGGUGAAUGUACUUCCAUUCAGUGUCCUUUAGAAUCCGAACGAAACUGGCGUUAUACUACAUUUCCACUUGUUCUGUUAGUUGCAACUUCGAUGUUAGUCGCUCACGUAGUUUUGCCGUCGCGAUAUACAACAGAAAUAUUGCUGUACAUGCUAUUUUGGGGCGCCAUGGUGGCUGGUACUUUUGCCACUAUUAUUCAUCAUGGCAAGCAAUACGUUGACAAGCCAAAAUUACUUUAAUUAAUGAUUUUAUGAUAUUUUCAAUUAUAUAUAUUGUAUAAUAUAGAUAUAUAACUGAUAAGCGAUCGUAGAAUUAUUAAUUUAAUACACGGUUAUUAAUUGGUCAAGUCCUCGGUAUCGUGGCACAAAAAUAGAUUUUAUUGUGCGUCGUAUUAAUAAUGCCAAUUUUCAUAAAAUAAAUAUGUUUCCGGUAGUAUCGUUCUCAUUUUACAAUUACACAAUUGCAAGCAAUUCUAUUUGUCAAAUGCACUUUCAUUUGGUGUAAGUUCGGUGUUCAUUAGAUAUUUUCUAAAUUUGGCUUUUAUUAUAUUUAAGAAGGGAUCCUCGUUUAGAAGCUCCAAAAAAGCAGGUUUUUCUUCGAUUUUUUAAAAUAAUUUAUAAUUAAUAUUAAUGAAUAUUUUUUGAAACUUUUAGAGUGUUUUACUUGAUGUUUUAACUACACAAAAAAUUUUAUUUAUAAUUAAAAAAGGCUUUAUUAAUUGGUUUUAUAACCGAUGUUUCCAACUUUUUGCUGAAGGUGUCUAUUGGUGUACACGAUAGCGGCCGUAAUUUUGGUCUAAAACAAAAAAUCAAAAGCAUGUUAAACUUUAUGCUAAUACCUUCUAGGUAAACCUAAAAAAUUAAGUAAAUAUUAAAAAUUUAAUAAUUUUUUAAGUCUUUGAAAAAAAAUUAUUUUUUGUAAAAAAAUUUUGACUUUUAUUAGUGAAAAACACUUAUUUUUAUUAAUUUUUAGGCUCACCUCGGAGAGAAUUCAAUAAUCUUUCGAAAAAUAUUUGAUUUAACUCGAUCCAUCAAGUAAUUUUUUAAAAAUCACGUAUGCCAAUUUGAAAAAUACGAAUUCGAGAAAAACGCGUUUAAAGUUUUUGUUAAAGAAAAGUAGUAGUUUUUUUAAACUUACAGCAAUCUGAAGCUAAUCAGCCAUUCCAGGGGUAUAUAAUAUUCCUUCCGCUUCUUUAUGGAAUUGAUUUUGAAAAAUUCCAUUUUGCGAGCCGCUCGAGCUUUCCUAGUGCUGCUUAGACUACGACGCUCUCCUCUCGCGAUACGCUGUUCGUCAUAUCAUUCAGCAAAAAAUUUGGCAUUCUGCCUAAUUAUUAUAUUUAAUUCAUUUAACAUCUUUAAUAUAGAAAAGUUUUUUCAUGGAAGAUGCAAAGCAGCAAUAAAAGCAAGGAUUUCAAUAAUUUUUGCACCCAAAUUCAAAUGUUUCGAAGCACAUCACUCCUAUUUAUCAAAACUUAUCGAGAGAUUAUUUGUUAGAAAAGUGCUUAGGAGGACACACAAAAUGUAAAUGAGAUUUUUAAAAGGGCAAAAAAAAGAAGGGAGGUGCCAGUUCCGGCGUGCUCUAUCGUUGAGUCUUCGACUAUCUGUUCCUCGCGCUCUCUGAACUGUAACUUCCAUAAUUUAUGAGUUUUUGCUCUAAAAUUUUAAUUGUAUAUUCUUGAAAAGUAUUACUAUUGAUUAAGCUAAACAAUUUUUUUUUAUUUUUUGAGCCCUAUAAACGAGGAUCCCCUCUUAAUUAUUGUCAUUGCGGGAGAUUUUGGGAAGAUAAAAAGUUGAAGGGAAUUAAAAAAUCGGUAUUUAAUGUAAUUUUCAAGAAUUUGAAUUAAAUAGUUAUUUUUCAAAAUGAUAAUGAUAAUGUUUAUAUUAGUAAUAAAAUUUAUUUUAUUUUUUAAAAUAAAUUUUAUUGUUAAUUUUUUACGUUUUUUAAAUUUAAUCUUGUUAUAUUGUAUUCUUUGAGUAAAAAUUCUAUUUUUUGGGGGGAGAAUAAAAACUUAAGAGAAUUUUUAUAGUAGGAAAAAGAUAUAAAGAUGUGUAUAAUAUUUUUAUUGUAAAUAUACUGAAGAGCAGAAUUCAUUCCUUGACAUAUACUGUCAAGGUCAUAAACCUAAACAUGUCGAAAAUUUUAUAUGUUGUUUGUUUUUUAUUAAAAAAUUAUUUAAAAAAAA